AUGUCGUCCUCGCCAUCGUCGUCGCCGCCGGCCACUUCCCCGCCCGCCGCGCCGGCCAACGGUACGGCCGCGCCGCCCACUGCCGCGCCGCCGCCGCCGUCCAACUCCUCCUCUCCCACCUCCCCGACGCCCCCGUCCACGCCCACGCCCACGACACCGACGCCAGCGCUCGCUCCCCCCACCGCUCCCGCGCCGCCCUCCACCGACUCUCCAGCGCCGCCCGGGACGCCCCCCGCGCCGCUGUCCCCGAACGCGGCCGCGCUCCCCGCGCCCGGCAGGGCGACGCCGGCCUCGGCCUCGCCGCCGUCGCCGUCCUCCUCCGGGUCGGGACUCACCACGUCCGUCGUGGUGGGGAUCGCGGUCGGCGGCUUCGCCGUGCUGCUCCUCGGCAGCCUGUUCUGCCUCUGCCUCUUCAGGAGCAACAAGAGGAGGCGGCGGCGGCACCACCACCACCCGCCCCCGCCACCGCCGCCGCCCCACCUCAUGCACUACUACGGCCACCCGCCGCCGCCUCCGCCUCCGCCGCCGCCGCACAAAGGGGAUCAGUACCAAAACUGGCAGCAUAAUGCCCCUCCACCACCACCUGACCAUGUAAUCAAGAUUAAUUCACAUCCUACCCCUCCGCCUCCCCCGCUUAAUGUACAUAGCAGUGGCUCCGCUUCGAAUCACUCAGGUGGUGAGAGCCGCCCUCCGCUGUCGCCUGGAACUGCCCUUAGCUUUUCAAGGAGUACAUUCACUUACGAGCAGCUGAUGACGGCAACCAAUGGGUUUUCUGAUGCUAAUCUGCUGGGGCAAGGCGGUUUUGGGUUUGUUCACAAAGGAGUGCUUCCAAAUGGCACAGAGGUUGCCGUGAAGCAAUUAAGAGAUGGAAGUGGCCAGGGAGAGCGCGAGUUCCAGGCAGAGGUUGAGAUUAUCAGCAGAGUACAUCACAAACAUCUUGUCUCCUUGGUCGGCUAUUGCAUUUCUGGAGCCAACAGGUUGCUCGUCUACGAGUUUGUUCCAAACAAUACAUUGGAAUUCCACUUACAUGGAAGAGGCAGACCAACCUUGGAUUGGCUGACAAGACUAAAAAUUGCUCUGGGUUCUGCGAAGGGAUUGGCAUAUCUUCAUGAAGAUUGCCAUCCUAAGAUCAUUCAUCGUGACAUAAAGGCCUCAAAUAUUCUUCUUGAUCUAAGAUUUGAAGCUAAGGUGGCAGAUUUUGGACUUGCAAAAUUCACUUCUGAUACAGACACCCAUAUUUCAACCAGAGUAAUGGGCACAUUUGGGUACCUAGCACCUGAGUAUGCUGCUUCUGGCAAGCUCACUGAGAAAUCAGAUGUCUUCUCUUUUGGAGUAAUGCUUCUUGAGCUAAUAACUGCGGCGCCUGUAAAUUCAAGACAGGCAGAUGACAACUUGGUUGACUGGGCAAGGCCUUUGAUGAUAAAAGCAUUUGAGGAUGGUAAUCAUGAUGCUUUAGUGGAUCCCCGGCUGGGAAGUGAGUAUAUUGGUAAUGAGAUGGCGAGGAUGAUAGCCUGUGCAGCUGCAUGUGUUCGCCAUUCUUCACGGCGGCGGCCACGAAUGGGUCAGGUUGUCCGGGCCUUGGAAGGCGACGUGUCCCUGGACGACCUGAACGAGGGCGUGCGGCCCGGGCACAGCCGGUUCAUGGGGUCCUACAGCAGCUCGGCGUCCGACUACGACACCAACCAGUACAACGAGGACCUGAAGAAGUUCCGGAAGAUGGCGCUGGGCGGCAGCGGGCUCCAGAGCAGCAGCGGGCAGACGCCAACGAGCGAGUACGGGCAGAACCCGUCGGUGUCGAGCAGCGACGGGCACCAGGGGACGACGCAGGAGGCGGCGGAGCCGGCGGGGAGCGUGAAGACAGACGGCGACAGCGCGGCCGCGGCGUCGUGA